AUGCGCAGGCCCCACCCCCGAGGCCUCGCCUUAGCCCCGCGGCCUCACGUCGACGCGGGGCCCCUCAAGGGGGCCCCCGCAGGCCCCUCGGGGGCCCUCCAGGGUACACUAGGGGGCCCCCCGGGGCCCCUCAGGGGCCCCUGUGGGGUCCCCCACCCCCAGCAGCCUGCCCACGGCUAUGCCGGCAGCAGCCUUUAUGAAUGUGGGGCCCCCAAUUAUCCCCUUGGGGUCCCAGAGGACCUUCAGCAGCCCACCAGCAUGGGGGCCCCUGAGGGGGCCCCCCUGGAGGGCCCCCCGGGGGCCCCCCAGGGGGCCCCCCUGGGGGCCCCUGAGGGACCCUUGAACUCGGAGGGGGAGGAGUACGGCUGCUGCGACAUUGGCUGCAGCUGCUGCCAGCAGAGCGCUGACCACUAUGCUGCUGCGGCUGCUGUGUGUGACUGCUGCAGUGCAGCAGCAGAAGCAGCAGCAGCAGCAGACGCAGGGUGGCCUGAAGAUAGCCAGAGAGAUGACCCCCAAAGCAGCGAAGAAGGAGGCUUUUGCUGCGAGGGCUGCUGCUGCGGCUCCGCCACAGAGCCUGCAGAGUUGGGAGACUCUUACGGCAAAGCAGCAGCAGCAGCUGCUGCUGCUGCCGAUGCAGCUGCAGCAAACGCAGCAGCAGUUGGGAGACAGCGAGUCGGCCGGGGCCGCCUCGACAAGCGAGCUGUGCUGCAGCGGGAGCUGCAGGAGCUGCACCGCAAGCAGCAGCAGCUCUUAGAGCGGCACCAGCGGCUGCAGCUGCAGCGGAUGCAGCAGCAGCAGCUGCAGCAGCAGCAGCAGCACGCAGGCCGCAGCACGAGCCCCGUCGGGAUCCGGCGUCCCCGGGGGCAAAAGAGAGCCCCAUGGGAUGGGGAUGUCCACGACAUGUCUCAGCUGCGGGCAACGCCUACGGAGCAGCUGCUGCGGCGGCUGCGCAGCACAAGUCCCCAUUCUGCUGCUGCUGCUGCUGCUUACCGGCAGAAGCUUGCUGCUAUGGAGACAGACCUGAAGCCUUUUGUGGAGGUCUACAAGAUGAAGUACAGCGGGCAGCAGCAGCAGGAGCUGCUGCAGCAGCAGCAACGGAAAAUGCGGGUGGCUGCUGCACGAGCAGCAGCAAGCCGCAGCAGCAGCAGCAGACGCAGCAUGCACGACCUCGACUACCUUGGCACUCAGCAGCAGCAGCAGCAGCAAAAGCACCAGCAGCAUCGCCACCACCACUACCCGCUGCUGCAGCAGCAGCAGUACAAACUGCAGCUGCAGCGCCACCAGAAGCAGCAGCAGCAGCAGCAGCACGACUUGCUGCUGCUGCAGAACGGCAGCAGCACAGCACGCGGGGUCACCGGAGAAGCUCCCCUACGCCGGGGCUCUCCCAGCCCCCAGCGGCGGCCCCGCACUGCGAAUUUGCUGCGGCGUUCCUUCCGCAGCAGCAGCAGCAGCAGCAGAAGCAGCAGCAGCAGAAGCAGCAGCAGCAACGGGAAGCACCGCAGACGGCGUCGAGUUCGAAAUACGUGCAGCAGCUGUUCUGCUGCUGCUGCUGCUGCUGCGCAGGUGCAGGCAGCCCUUGGAGCUGCCUACGCACCGCAGCUGCAGCAGCAGCUGCUGCUCCAGCAGCAGCAGCUCCUACAGCAGCAGCUGCUGCAGGCGCCUGUUCCGCUGGGCUCACUGGGAACUUCUCUGUCACAGUCGCAUGCCUUUGCUCUGCCGCAACUGCAGCAGCAGCAGCAACAGCAGCAGCAGGCUUCUGACGUGGAGAAGGAGCUGCAGCUGCUCGACGAAAUCCACAGACAGCUGCGGAUGAUCGAGUUGGCAGAGGCACAGACAAGUUCCAGCCCGUUGCAGCAGCAGCAGCAGCAGCAGCAGCAAGCAGUGCAGCAGCUUCAACCAGCGCAUCAGCAGCAGCAAACAGCCUCGCAGCACCAGCAAGCCCCGCCGCAGCAAAUGCAGCAGCAGUUGCAGCAGAGGCUUCAGCAGCAGCCGCAACUGCAAGUUCCGCAGCAGCAGCAGCAGCCAUACCAGCAUCUGGAGGAACAGCGACUUCUGCAGCAACAGCAGCAGCAAACUCCGUUAGCACAACAGACACUCCAGCCGCUACAAGCUGAGCUAGUGCAGCAGCAACUGCUGCUGCAGCAGCAGCAGCGCCUGCUUGAGCGCCGGCUGAAAGAGCUGCAGGAGCAGCAGCUACUGCUACAGCAGCAGCCGCAGCUGCAGCCCGAUAACGCACCCCAGCAGCAGCUGCUGCAGCAGCAACAGCAGCAGCAAGAGGAAACCCUGCUGCAGCCAGCAGCACCACCCCUCCGCUCUCCUGCACCAGCCAUCUUGCUGGACAUGGGCCCCCCAAGAAGCAAGGGGGGGCCCCCAAGGGGCCCCUCAGGGGGCCCCUUGCUGGAACUGCAGGUGACCUCGGCGCCUCAGCAGCAGCAGCAACUGCAGCAGCAGCAGCCGCAGCAGCAGCAGCAACAUGCUGUUGGUCCGCUGCUGCAGCAGGAAGCAGCGGCAGUUUUGUCUGAGGCAUUUAUGCCCGCUGCUCCAGCAAACACGAGAGGUGCAGCAGCGUCAGCAGCAGUGCCUGUUGCUGCUGCUGCUGCUCCACCCCCCCAGUUUGUAAAUACGCAGCAGCAGCAGCAGCAGCAGCAGCAAGAGCUUCCUGGAAUGCCGGAGGAAGCCCCGCCUGCUGGUGAUGCUGGUUGGGCAGAGAGCCUGCAGCAGCAGUUGCUGCUGCUGCAGCAGCAAGAGCAGCAGCUGCUGCAGCAGGAGGAAUUUCUGCGGCUUCAGCUUCAACAAAAGAAGUCUGCGCGCUGCAAAAAUAAAGAGGCUGCAGCCACGGACUCCCCAGAUAAGCAGCUGCAGCAGCAGCAGCAGCAGCAGCAACUGGUGCAGCACCGGGAGGCUUUCGUGUUGCUGCAGCAGCAGGAAUGGUUGGAAGCCCCGCUGCUGCCGACACAAGUCUCAAGUGAGUGCAAAACAGAGGUAGAGUUUGUCCUCGACGCCAAGCGCUAUCUCUAA